GGUAAGGUUGUGAUAACAGUACAGCUAUGUGAUGAAGAGCAGACUGAGGAUGAGGAGGGUGAGGAGUACUUCCUGUUGUUCUCUGGGUCCUCCCAGAGUCACCUGACCAGUGCCUUGUGGAGCGGCCAUGACACCCUGCGCACCCUCUGUCCCGCCCAUGACUGCUGUGAGGCGGUGCAGGUCACCCUGUGCAGGGCCCGACCCGGCCAUCCCCCGGCCGGUGAACCCCCGGUGUCUGUGGUGGCGGUGGCGGAGCAGCUGUUCAACUUCGUCCAGGACCUGGCCUUCGACAUGGCCCAGUUUCUGGUGAGCACUGCAGGGAGGCCAGACGGCCUUGAGGGGGCGAUGUUACUCGAUGAAUGUCAGAUCCCUCUGGAGGAAUGUGAGAGACUGGAUGAGAGUCUGUCCCUGGCACUGAGACACCUGGACCUGCCUGAUGGGUGGAACCUACUGGGGACACACCUCAGGAACAAGCCCCAGGAGACGUUGGUCCACUUUGCAGCACGGCGGGGUCUUAAGAGGGUAGCUGUGUGGCUCCUACUGCAACCAGGGGCCCCUGAAGCCCUCAGACUGACCAACAGACAGGGGGCCACACCUGCAAGCAUCGCUCAGCAGCGGAGCCACCGAGACCUGCACCAGCUCCUCACAAAGUAA